AUCUCACUUGGUUAGAAUACAUACUAUUAAAUCUAUCUUGAAGGAAAAUGGACAAUUUGUAAGUUAAUAAGUUUCUCUCCAAGGCUCGGGGUCUAUUGGCAAAGCCAAAGACAGUUAUAUGUGAAAAUCUGGGUUGGCUAGUCGAACCGGAUCACGAUCAAGACUGCCGUUGCGCAGUGGAAGCCCUGAGCAGUUUCUAGGUAACCGAGAUCUGCCUUGGUCCCCGGAUGUAGCCAGGCGAAGAUUCCUGUCUUCACAUACCUCUGGAUUUGGUCAGGUUGAGAGGCAGUUGUGAAUGAGGUGGUUAGGACAGAGGACCAGGGUUGCUGGUUAGGAGUCCCAGGAACUCCUCAGAUAGAAUUAAAGAACUUGUCACCAUGAAGAAACUCUUCAGCUUCUGGGUAAAGGGGAAGACCGACGAUUCCCACAGCCGAUCCUCAGAACUGUCCAUGAGCAUGGCCAGUACUGAUCCCAGCCUGUCCACGAGUGGGGGACAUCACCUUCAAGAUAAGCCCUUAAAGAAACUUCACAAAGCUGCUUCAGUUGGCAAUGUGCAAAAGUUCAAGAAAUACCUUGAACGCAAGAAGCAUGAUGUGAAUGGGCGGGACAAAAAAAGCAGAACACCUUUGCAUUUGGCCUGUGCUAAUGGAUAUAUAGAUAUUGUGUAUCUCUUAAUUGAGAAUCAAUGCAAAAUUAAUGUUCAGGAUAGUGAAAACAGAACCCCAUUGAUCAAGGCAGUACAGUGUCAACAGGAGAAUUGUGCUAUGGUUCUUCUACAGCAUGGUGCGGACCCAAAUCUGGUGGAUUUUAAUAGUAAUACUGCCCUCCAUUAUGCUGUUUGUGGUCAAAAUAUCUCACUAGCUAAUGAAUUGCUUGAAUACAAAGCCAAUCUUGAAGCUAAAAAUAAGGAUGGCUACACUCCACUUUUACUUGCCGUUGCUGAAAAAAAUGUAAAUAUGGUAAAAUUCCUUGUGAAGAAAGGAGCAGAUGUUAAUGCAUCAGAUAACAACCACAGAACAGCUAUUAUGAUUGCUCUUACUGUUGAACCAACGAAUUCUGUAAAACUUCUUCUUCAACAAGAUAUGAACUUAUCCUGCAGAGAUAUUUAUGGAUUCACAGCUGAGGAAUAUGCUUCUUUUAAUGGCUUUACUAUACAAAAAGGAGACUAAGACAUGAGGAGAGAAACAAAGGAAGGUGUUACACAGAGGGACAACUGAUGUGGACACUCAGCAAGAGGACAGGAUCCCCAAGGCAAGGGGAGGCAGAGGACAGAUCCUUUCUCAGCCUUCAGUAGGAACCAAAACUCUAAUCUUGACAUUCUAGCCUACAACAGAGGAAAACCCAGCCAAACCAAACCUCCUGUUUAAGCUGCAUGGCUAAGGCUUUGUUAUGGCAGUCCUAUCCAGUGAACACACCAGCAAUGAUUCACAGCCACCUUUUUAUUUCUACUUUAUGGGUCACUUCUAAAAAUCGUAUUUGGGAUGGGGGUGGCAGAGAGUGAGAUCACAUGAAAUGAAAUGU